AUGGAAGAGCUGCUCGUCCCUGGCAAAGUCGAAGACGGUAGCGAAUUCCCUCUUCAAAAAGCUCUUGAAGUAUUGAAGAAAUGCGCAGGAUGCGAAUUCAGCAAUGGUGUUGGACUGAUAUCAUACCUAUCAAGAACUCCAUAUUACGUUGAAGAAGCCGCCGGCAGCAUCGGCUCAACACCACUUCCACCCCAAUUGAUACACAUAGCGCGGCUGCCAGAUACUCGUCGUCGUGAGUCGUGUUCGCUAGUCCCGGGACCGUCUUCGGAAAAUACGACACCGCUCCCGGAAAACGUAUUCAAGUCUUACCGAUACGAAGAUGCAAAGAAAGAGUCUGGAUGGGUACUUCCAAGCGAUGAGAACUACCACAAGCGAAGCGCAGGCAUUGCGCACACGAGGAGUUUGACCUUUCUGAAGCCGUUGCUUGGUGGACCAUUCUUUAAUCUGGAGGCGGUGUGGGAAGAGCAUACGAAGUUCGAGUUUGGGGAGAGAGGUGUUGCGAAAACAAUGGCUACAAUGGUGGACCAGCCGUAUGUCAAUCACAUACCGACUAUAACGUACCGGGGGGUGGGUCAAGAACGACUCACAGCCUUUUACACUCACCACUUUGUCUUCAGCAAUCCACCCGAUACUGCCCUCUCUCUCGUCUCACGCACCGUAGGCAUCGACCGCGUGAUUGACGAAUUCAUCUUCACCCUCACACACACCAAAGAAGUACCCUGGCUCUUGCCCGGUAUCCCUCCCACCGGCAGGCCCCUCGCCAUUCCCUUCACCAGCGUCGUUGCCAUGCGCGGCGAUCGACUGUGUCACGAGCAUAUCAGCUGGGAUCAUGCGACGGCGCUCAAACAGUUGGGGUUAUUGCCGGAGUACGUCCCUUUUCCAUACGAGAUUGAGGGAGAGGCCAAACCGGAGGGGAAGAGGUACGAGGUGAAGUUGCCGGUUGUGGGAAUGGAGGGGAGUAGGAAGUUGGUGGAUGAGAGUUGUGAGGAGAGUAACGCGUUGAUGGGUGGUAGAUGGCGAGUGGUCGACGAUGUUUAA